GUCACAGGCACGACGAGAAGUCACUGCUCAGUGACAGGGUGUGGAGAGCCCUGGAAAGAAUGCACUGCUCAGAGACAGGCAGCAGGAGAGGACAAAGAAUAGAUUACAACUGUUUGUAGACAGCUGCCGAUGGGAGGACUCGACACAUGAGGUCCUGUGACAUUUGUUAAAGUUCCUUUUCUGAUGGGAUACAAACCUUGAGAGAUAGCUUGUUGGCUCUCUGUGCAGAGCCUCCUUUUCUGUUUUACUAACAAGACCAGAUCCAAGUUUAGCACAGGGUUAAAUUGUCCUCUGGGUUCCUUUCCGUAUAGCGACAUUAUGUUUCCACUGCAGAAAAGGUGAGGGUGCUCUUGAGACCCUCUUGACGGCAAACUUGAAGGGAUUUUCUUUUUCCAACCACUCUCCCCCCUCUUUCUGUUCGAGUCCUUCUGCAUUGAGCAGCAAUUUUACCAUAGUUGUGCGUCAUUGAGAGGCUGCAUGGUAAUGAAGCAGCGACACUGGAAGCCAGAACUCUGCUGCCUUUGAGAAAGGAGAGAAGAACAGUUUGACAAAGCAGACCCAAACUACUGUGCAACUGUGGCUGCCAGGGGCACGAUGUUAAGCCUACAGGAUUCCGUAUUUUUUGAGAUUAGCAUAAAGUCUCUGCUGAAGUCCUGGAGCAGUAAUUCAUCUGCACCAGCCAGCAGUGUAAACAAGCGGCGGGUCUUGCCCAUCAACAACUGCACCUGGGAAAAGAGAAGUGCCAUCAUGUCAAACAUUACCAUAGAUCCAGAUGUCAAACCUGGAGAGUAUGUCAUCAAGAGCCUUUUUGCAGAAUUUGCUAUACAAGCAGAAAAGAAAAUUGAAGUUGUGAUGGCUGAACCCCUGGAGAAACUGUUGUCAAGAUCUCUUCAAAGAGGUGAAGAUCUACAGUUUGACCAGCUGAUAAGCUCUAUGAGCUCCGUAGCAGAGCACUGUCUCCCCUCCUUACUACGCACCUUAUUUGACUGGUAUAAACGCCAAAAUGGAACUGAAGAUGAAUCUUAUGAGUACAGGCCGAGAUCUAGCACAAAAUCAAAAGGGGAUGAGCAGCAACGAGAAAGGGAUUAUUUACUUGAAAGAAGAGACUUGGCUGUAGACUUCAUCUUUUGUUUAGUUUUAGUCGAAGUCCUAAAACAGAUUCCUGUUCACCCUGUUCCAGAUCCAAUUGUACAAGAAGUUCUCAACCUGGCUUUUAAGCACUUUAAACACAAAGAAGGGUAUUCAGGAACCAACACUGGGAAUGUGCACAUCAUUGCAGAUUUAUAUGCAGAAGUCAUUGGUGUCCUUGCCCAGUCUAAAUUUCAGGCUGUGAGGAAAAAGUUUGUCACAGAAUUAAAAGAACUUCGACAGAAGGAGCAGAGCCCUCACGUGGUGCAAAGCAUCAUCAGCUUGAUCAUGGGGAUGAAAUUCUUUCGUGUAAAAAUGUAUCCUGUUGAAGAAUUCGAAGCCUCGUUUCAGUUCAUGCAGGAAUGUGCUCAAUACUUCUUGGAAGUUAAAGACAAAGACAUAAAACAUGCACUAGCUGGUUUGUUUGUGGAAAUCCUCAUCCCUGUGGCUGCUGCUGUAAAAAAUGAAGUAAAUGUGCCGUGUUUAAAGAAUUUUGUGGAGAUGCUCUACCAGAACACAUUUGAACUGAGCUCACGGAAGAAGCAUUCCCUGGCUUUGUAUCCUCUCAUCACUUGCCUGUUAUGUGUUAGCCAAAAAACGUUUUUCCUACAAAAUUGGCAUAUUUUCUUACAAAAUUGUUUGUCACAUUUAAAGAUGCCAUCUAACAACAGUAUCAGAAAACAAAUAGAAACCCUUCAGAAUAAGGAUCCUAAAAUGUCUCGAGUUGCACUGGAAUCAUUAUAUAGAUUAUUGUGGGUUUAUGUUAUUCGGAUAAAAUGUGAAAGCAACACUGUAACGCAAAGCCGCCUUAUGAGCAUUGUUUCUGCACUUUUCCCCAAAGGCUCCCGUAGUGUAGUGCCCAGAGAUACUCCUCUUAAUAUAUUUGUGAAAAUUAUUCAAUUCAUUGCUCAGGAACGUUUAGAUUUUGCAAUGAAAGAAAUAAUAUUUGAUCUUCUCAGUGUUGGAAAAUCUUCUAAAACAUUCACAAUUAAUCCAGAAAGGAUGAAUAUAGGUCUCAGAGUCUUCCUUGUUAUAGCCGACAGUUUGCAGCAGAAAGAUGGAGAGCCUCCCAUGCCGACAACAGGAGUCAUUCUUCCCUCAGGAAAUACUUUGCGUGUAAAGAAAAUAUUUCUUAAUAAAACCCUAACGGACGAAGAAGCAAAAGUGAUAGGGAUGUCUGUUUACUAUCCGCAAGUACGCAAAGCACUUGACAGCAUGCUCCGGCAUCUUGACAAAGAAGUUGGCAGACCAAUGUGCAUGACAAGCGUGCAAAUGUCUAAUAAAGAACCUGAGGACAUGAUCACAGGUGAAAGAAAACCCAAGAUUGAUUUGUUCAGAACGUGUAUUGCUGCUAUCCCAAGGCUUAUACCUGAUGGCAUGAACAGAGCAGACCUCAUUGAACUACUAGCAAGGCUUACAAUUCACAUGGAUGAAGAGCUGCGUGGUUUAGCAUUUAAUACACUGCAGGCAUUAAUGCUAGAUUUCCCAGACUGGAGGGAGGAUGUCCUAUCAGGAUUUGUGUACUUUAUUGUGCGAGAGGUGACUGAUGUCCACCCGACACUGUUAGACAACGCCGUGAAGAUGCUGGUGCAGCUAAUAAAUCAGUGGAAACAGGCAGCUCAAAUGCACAAUAAACAUGCAGAUGUCCAGCGAGGAGGGUGCAAUGGAACACACACUCUUCCACUUGAAAGAAGUCCUUUCUCAAACGUGUUUCAUGUUGUUGAAGGCUUUGCACUGGUCAUUCUUUGUAACACCCGCCCUGCCACAAGGCGAUUGGCGGUCAACAUCCUCCGGGAAAUACGGGCUCUGUUUACAGUCCUGGAAAUUUCCAAGGGCGAUGAAGAAUUGGCGAUCGAUGUCAUGGAUAAGCUAAGCCCCUCCAUUCUGGAAAGUUUUAUACACCUCACUGGAGCAGACCAGACUACCUUGCUCUACUGCCCAAGCUCGAUAGAUUUACAGACACUAGCAGAAUGGAGCUCUUCCCCAAUCAGCCACCAGUUCGAUGUGGUCAGUCCGUCACACAUCUGGAUAUUUGCGCAUGUAACACAAGGCCAAGAUCCCUGGGUAAUAAGUCUUUCCAGUUUCUUAAAACAGGAAAACCUGCCAAAGUACUGCCCUACUGCUGUGAGCUAUGCCUGGAUGUUCUCCUACACCCGCUUACAACUUCUGUCUCCACAAGUUGACAUAAACAGCCCCAUCAAUGCAAAGAAAGUGACAGCAGUCACAGGCAGUGAUUCUUACAUUGGACUCUGGAGAAAUUACUUAAUUCUUUGCUGCAGUGCAGCAACACCCACAGCCUCCUCUGCAUCAAGUAGUUCAGUCCGAUGCUCCCCUCCUGAGACGCUGGCGUCAACUCCGGACAGUGGAUAUAGCAUCGAUUCGAAAAUUAUUGGAAGUCCGUCCCCAUCAUCCUUGUUUAAGCACAUAGUACCAAUGAUGCGUUCAGAGAGCAUGGAAGUCACAGAAUCUCUUGUUCUGGGACUUGGCAGGACCAACCCAGGAGCUUUUAGGGAACUGAUCGAAGAAUUGCACCCCAUAAUUAAGGAAGCACUUGAUAGAAGGCCAGAGAAUAUGAAGCGACGCAGGCGUCGAGAUAUUUUAAGAGUACAACUCGUACGUAUAUUUGAACUGCUGGCAGAUGCUGGUGUCAUUAGUCACAGUGCAAGUGGUGGCCUUGAUAAUGAAACACAUUCCCUGAACAAUACUCUGCUGGAGUAUGUGGAUUUAACCAGACAGUUGCUGGAAGCAGAGAACGAGAAAGACUCUGACACAUUAAAGGAUAUCAGAUGCCAUUUUAGUGCCUUAGUGGCGAAUAUCAUUCAGAAUGUUCCAGUGCACCAGCGAAGAAGUAUAUUUCCUCAGCAGAGUCUGCGCCAUAGCCUCUUCAUGCUGUUCAGUCAUUGGGCUGGACCUUUCAGCAUCAUGUUCACACCCCUGGACCGAUACAGUGAUCGCAAUAUGCAGAUAAACCGCCACCAGUACUGCGCUUUAAAGGCUAUGUCUGCGGUGCUGUGCUGUGGUCCAGUUGCUGACAAUGUAGGUCUUUCAUCCGAUGGAUAUUUAUAUAAGUGGUUGGAUAAUAUUCUGGAUUCCCAGGAUAAAAAGGUGCACCAGUUGGGAUGUGAAGCUGUCAUGCUUUUACUCGAGCUAAACCCAGACCAAAGCAAUCUCAUGUACUGGGCGGUUGAUCGGUGCUACACUGGAUCGAAACGCGUGGCAUCUGGCUGCUUUAAAGCAAUAGCCAGUGUUUUCCAGAACAGGGAUUACCAGUGUGACACAGUGACCCUUCUUAAUCUGAUCCUGUUCAAGGCGGCAGAUUCUGCUAGGGAUAUCUAUGAAGUUGCUAUGCAAUUACUGCAGAUUCUGGAACCGAAGAUGUUCCGCUACGCUCACAAAUUGGAAGUACACAGAACGGAUGGCAUUCUUAGCCACCCAUCUCCCUUACCACACCUUUACUCUGUAUCUUACUACCAGCUUUCUGAGGAACUGGCAAGAACCUACCCAGAACUAACACUUGCCAUUUUUUCAGAAAUCAGCCAGAGAAUACAAACUGCGCACCCUGCUGGGCGACAGGUGAUGCUGCAUUAUUUACUUCCUUGGAUGAACAACAUUGAGUUGGUGGAUCUGAAACCUUUGCCCACUGCCCGGAGACAUGACGAUGAAGUGGAGGAUUCGCUAAGAGACAGAGAACUGAUGGUCAAUAGCAGACGUUGGCUGAGAGGCGAAGGAUGGGGAUCCCCUCAAGCAACCACCAUGGUUUUAAACAAUUUGAUGUACAUGACUGCUAAGUACGGAGAUGAGGUUGCUUGGUCAGAGAUUGAAAACGUGUGGACUACGCUUGCCGAUGGCUGGCCGAAGAAUUUGAAAAUAAUUUUGCACUUUCUAAUUAGCAUCUGUGGUGUUAAUAGUGAGCCCAGCCUCUUGCCUUAUGUAAAGAAGGUGAUUGUGUAUCUGGGCAGAGAUAAAACCAUGCAACUCCUAGAAGAACUGGUUGGUGAGCUGCAACUAACUGAUCCAGUGAGUUCCGGAGUGACUCACAUGGACAAUCCACCAUACUACCGCAUCACCUCCAGCUACAAAAUCCCCUCUGUCACCUCCGGUACCACGUCCAGCAGCAAUACAAUGGUAGCGCAAACGGAUACUAAUCAUGAGAGCAAGCAUAUAAGAGACGGUAUGGAGGAAAGCUAUCCACAUCUUGAUAUCUACAGUGGAGUGAAUAGUAAUCUGAAUCGCCAGCACCACAGGCUGGAGUCCCGAUACAGCAGCAGCUCUGGAGGCUCUUACGAAGAUGAGAAAAGUGACUCCAUGCCGCUGUUCUCCAACUGGCGUCUAAAAGUGAUGGAACACAAUCGAGGUGAGCCACUGCCGUUUCCUCCAUCUGGUGGCUGUUGGUCUCCGCUGGUGGAUUAUUUGCCAGAAACCACAUCACCUGGCACGUGUCUACACAGAUGCAACAUAGCAGUGAUCCUUUUAACCGAUUUAAUCAUUGAUCACAGCGUAAAGGUUGAAUGGGGUGGUUACCUGCACCUCUUACUUCAUGCAAUUUUCAUCGGGUUUGACCACUAUCAUCCUGAAGUAUAUGAACAUUGUAAACGUCUGCUUUUGCAUUUACUGAUUGUGAUGAGCUCCAACAGCAGUGUCCAGAGCGUUGCUACCGUCCUCCUCAGGAACAGAGAAUGUAAUGAACCAAGGGUGCUUACUGUCAAACACAAUACCCAUCUCGAGUACUCCUUUGCAGGUAUUAAUGAUUUUAUACCUGAAUACCAGCCUUCUCCCAUGACUGACUCAGGGCUUAGCUCCAGCUCUACCUCUUCUAGCAUUAGCUUAGGGAAUACAAGUGCUGCUGUUCCCCUCCUGCACACAACUAUCCUCAACGAUGUGGACCUCUCGGUGGAACAGGAUGAGAAAGUCAAAACACUCAUGGAGUUCAUUACUUCAAGGAAAAGAGGACCACUUUGGAACCAUGAAGAUGUAUCUGCAAAAAACCCUAGUAUUAAAAGUGCUGAACAGCUUACAGUGUUUUUAAAGCAUGUGGUCUCUGUGUUCAAGAACUCUCGAUCAGGAUUCCAGUUGGAGCAACAUCUGAGCGAGGUGACCUUGCAAACAGCUCUCUCCUGCUCAUCACGUCACUAUGCAGGAAGGUCUUUCCAGAUAUUUCGAGCUCUUAAACAACCACUUUCAGCAGAAACCCUUUCAGAUGUUCUUUCUAGACUCGUUGAGACAGUAGGCGAUGCUGGGGAAGAGGCUCAGGGUUUUGUCAUUGAGCUUCUUCUAACACUGGAGUCGGCCAUUGACACGUUGUCGGAGACCAUGAAGCAUUAUGAUCUUCUCACUGCACUUGCUCAGACAUCGUACCAUGAUCCCAUAAUGGGCAAUAAACAUGCAGCUAACCGGAAGAGCACUGGACAGUUGAACCUAAGCACAAGUCCUCUAAGUAGUGGUAACUUCAUGGGUUAUUGCAACAAUGCAAGAAGCAACUCGUUGAGGCUAAGCUUAAUUGUUGAUCGAAGAGGUGACCGGCGACGAAGUAACACACUGGAUAUAAUGGAUGGACGGAUAAAUCACGGGGGCAGUUUAGCAAGGACUAGAAGCCUAUCCUCUCUCAGAGAGGGAGGCAUGCAGGAUGUGCAGCAAGCUACUGAUCCCACCAAUCUCAUGGCCACCAUAUUCUGGAUCGCAGCGUCCUUGCUGGAGUCAGACUAUGAGUAUGAGUACCUCCUUGCUUUAAAGCUUCUAAACAAACUGCUCACUCACAUGCCUCUGGACAAAUCUGAGAGUAGAGAGAAGAUUGAAAAUGUGCAGAGUAAAUUGAAAUGGAAUAAUUUUCCAGGACUUCAGCAGCUCUUCCUGAAGGGCUUUACCUCGGUGUCCACACAGGAAAUGACCGUUCACCUUCUCAGCAAGCUCAUCACCGUAUCAAAGCAUACGUUGGUGGACCCACCUCUUCUAGCUGGAUUUCCUCUGAAUAUUCUAUGCUUGUUGCCCCAUCUCAUCCAACAUUUUGAUAAUCCGACCCCAUUCUGUAAAGAAACUGCAGACAGAAUAGCCAAGGUUUGUGCAGAGGAAAAAUCAUCCACGCUUGCAAACUUGGCUCACAUGAUGAGUUUAUACAGCACACGCAGCUACUCCAGAGACUGCUUUAACUGGAUCAACGUUGUGUGCCGCUAUCUUCAUGACGCCUUUUCCAGUAUAACGUUUAGCCUUGUAACUUAUCUUGCAGAGCUUCUAGAGAAAGGCCUGGCCAGCAUGCAACAGUCUCUACUGCAGAUCAUCUACAGCCUUCUCAGUCACAUUGACCUCUCUGCUGCUCCAGUAAAGCAGUUUAACCUUGAAAUCAUAAAGAUUAUUGGAAAAUAUGUGCAGAGUGCAUAUUGGAAAGAGGCGCUUAACAUCCUCAAACUUGUGGUAUCUCGUUCUGCCAGCCUUGUUUUGCCCAAUGAUGCUCCAAAGUCACCUGAAAUUCCAUUUGCGAAAAUCUUCAAUUGCGCCUCAAAAGAGCUUCCAGGAAAAACAUUAGAUUUUCAUUUUGACAUAUCAGAGACCCCGAUAAUAGGACAGAAAUAUGGUGACCAACACAGUGCAGCAGGAAGGAAUGGGAAGCCAAAGGUGAUUGCUGUUACUCGAAGCACAUCCUCAACCUCCUCUGGUUCCAAUUCCAAUGCCCUUGUCCCUGUCAGUUGGAAGAGGCCGCAGCUAUCUCAGAGGAGAACACGCGAGAAAUUAAUGAAUGUACUAUCAUUGUGUGGGCCAGAGUCUGGUCUCCCCAAAAAUCCAUCUGUGGUGUUUUCAUCCAAUGAAGAUCUUGAAGUUGGAGACCAGCAAACCAGUCUUAUAUCUAGCACUGAGGAAGCCAUUCAAGAGGAGGAAGUUACUGUGGAGGAUACUGGCAGUGAGCAGCAGUUUGGUGUAUUCAAGGACUUUGAUUUUUUGGAUGUGGAGUUGGAAGAUGCUGAGGGUGAAAGCAUGGACAACUUUAACUGGGGAGUCCGCAGACGCUCUUUGGACAGCAUUGACAAAGGUGACACCCCAUCUCUGCAGGAGUGUCAGUACUCUGGUAGCACACCCAGCCUGAACUUGACUAAUCAAGAGGACACUGAUGAGUCCUCAGAAGAAGAAACACUGACCGCAAGCCAGAUAUUAUCGCGAUCACAAAUGCUACACAAUGACUGCACAGUUGAGGAUGGUAUUCCAGACCAUGUGGAUUCCAUGCUUCAUUCUCAAGAUUCAGUUAGUAGUGCUCUAAGCGAAGAAGCGCUACCAAGCACAGCUGAAACCCCAAGUGUGGAGGUGAACCCUCCAGAUUGCUCUAACAGUCAGCUGGCCGAGGAUGGCCAUGUGGCAGUAAAAGAUGAGCAGCUGAGCACUACCAGUGAAGACACUGGCUCCUACAUUACUCAGGAGCUGCAUGAAUCAUUGGUCUGUCAUGAGCCCUCAGAUGUGGAAGAACAAUGUGAUACCCAGGAACCUCCAGCUCCUGAAAGCCCUCCUGACUCUGUGUGUGAAGAUGACGUCACACUUGCAUUGAAGGAACUGGAUGAGAGAUGUGAAGAGGAAGAAGCUGAUUUCUCUGAUUUAUCAAGCCAGGAAGAUGGAGAACAGGAUUGCUUUGCUGAGGUUCAUUCGUCUCCACCACCAUCCCCUUUUCUUUCUGCUAUUCUAGCUGCUUUCCAACCAGUGGCCUACGAAGAUGAAGAAGAUGCAUGGCGCUGCCAUGUUAACCAAAUGUUAUCGGAAAGCGAUGGGUCCUGUGCAGCUCAGACAUUUCAUGUGUUCUCUAGGCUGUUUAAGACGAUUCAAAGAAAAUUUGGGGCUAUAACAAAUGAUUCUAUCAGUUUCCUUGGAGAAAGCCUGCAACGAAUUGGUACAAAAUUUAAAAGCUCCUUAGAAGUGAUGAUGGCAAGUUCAGAAUGCCCGACAGUCUUUGUGGAUGCAGAAACGCUGAUGUCUUGUGGUUUGAUAGAGACCUUGAAGUUCAGUGUGCUGGAGCUGCAGGAGCAUUUGGACACAUAUAAUUCCAAGCUGGAGGCCGCUGAGCAGUGGUUAGACAACUGCAAAAGAACAUUUGGUUCAGGUGAUGGCAGCCAAGCAUCAAAUACUGAAGCCCAGCAAAUGGAAUUUCUAGCCGAGCUUGAGCUGUGCCGAAGACUCUACAAGCUGCAUUUUCAGCUACUGCUUCUGUUCCAGGCCUACUGCAAACUUAUUGGCCAAGUAGACACAAUCAAGAAAGAGACGGAGGUAAUAUGCAUGUCAGAGGAGCUCUCUCAGUUGGAGGCUUAUCUGAAAGAAGCAGACACCUUGUCAGACAUUGCCAUUGAAGAUUGUGACUUCUCUGACUUUUGCCAAGCAUCCACUGAGGCCGCUGUGCAUUCAGUUAUUGAAAGCUUGAGAGCAAAGGAAUUUGUAUCAGCCAUAACCCAGGUCAAGGCUUUCAGGUCUAUUUGGCCCAAUGAUAUAUUUGGCAGCUCAGAAGAUGAUCCAAUUCAAACCUUAUUGCAUAUAUAUUUCCGUCAUCAAACACUGGGUCAGACAGGCAGCUUUGCCAUCAUUGGGUCCAAGCAGGACAUGUCAAAAGCCAGUUCAAAGCUGAUGGAGAUAAAUCUAGAAAUUCGUAUGUCCCUGCGUGCGGUACAGUCAUACCAGCUUCUAUCAAAAGCCAAACCCGUCACCAAUAUGGUGAGCACUGAGCUUUGAGCAGCUGCUAUGGAGCAGGCCACAAACUUGAAGCACUGGACGUCUGAGGAUCUUAUCAAGCACCUUUCCAUAAUUACUGUAUAGCUCACAUGCUUUUUGACUAAACAGAACUCAGUGAAGAGGAGCAUUCUCAAAUGUGAGAUGCAUCAGUUCUGGAAGAGACUGGCCACAUUGUUUAAUACAGUGUGUGCAAAAGUGGAGCCUAGUUUCCUUUCCUCUUACAUUACACACCUACCAUCCAGAAGCAAAAGGGCUAUCAUGAUGUAUAAAGAAGAUGCAAUAUGACCUCUGCCCUAUUGAGGCAUUGGGUUAGAAGCAGGACAUUUAAAUCUAGACUGGUCUAUCUUGUCUAAAAACAGUAAUUUGGUUCCUGGUCAUACCAGAGUCAAAGUACCAGGCAAAUGUACCAUGACACUGAAAUUCUCCAAAGAGAUACUGGCAUAAGAGGACUUCUAAAGACUUAGGAAUGCCAUUGAACUCUUUAAUGUUUUGUUGGUAUUUUUGUUUUAUGUUUGUGUUUUCCUGCCUGGGCAGACAAAAUGGGAUGUGUGGUUCUAUGAGAGGUGCAUUUUCAAGGUAUGAUUGAGUGUACAUAUUGUGUCCGUGCAUGCCUCAAAGAGUACUGCAACAUUAUUUUUGGAUAAAUUAUUUUAUUAGCUCUAACACCUCAUAGCGUGUAAAUGUUAGGACAUGUAACUAUUUUAAACCGGGCUUUCCCCCGGUGUUUCUAAAAGAAAUAAUAUAUCUUAACUGUAUUAGUAUGCUGCUCAGUUCUCUGACCAGCACAUAUGGUAUAAAUAUUGAUAACUAACCAAAAAGUAGCUACCUGCAGAGACUUUAAAAUGUAUAUUUAGAUAUAUGCUGCCAAACAGCGAUUCUCAUUAGAAGAUAACUUAUUUUAUUCUGUAUAUAUUCUAGAAUCUCCGUAUGGUGUAAAUCCAGUAUUUUCUUGUAAAUGUGUGCAAUCAAAUAGAAUGAUAGAUGUACAGAGGCUCUGUGGAUCCUUUUAAUGACAGAAAGUCUGUGGCUCAUUGCCAUUGAAAGGACCAAACAGUGAAAUACACGGUGUGGUGAAUACAAUACAUGUUCUAUUGGGGUAGCUUAGAAAGCCCUCAUAAGAGAGGGUAUUAAAGAUCUUUUCUUACUUCAUAACGUGUAUAUUAUAUAUGAGCCCUUUCAGUGUCAGAGGGGUGUCCUAUAUAUAUACCUGUGUUACUGACUAAAGUCAAGGGUGGGCUUUUGAAAACCAGAGGACAAGCUACCAAAUAAAAAGCCAAUCGCUGCAUUAUGAACUAAUGAAGACGUAAUUCUGUAGCACAAAAUAAACAGGUUCCUGUAAAAGCCAACAGCAUUUUUUUUUUGUAAAGAAAAAAAUAUGAAUGUAAUCAAAUUAUUCCUGUUAUCUAAAAAGGAAUACUCUGCAUUUUUAUACACCUCUUUUACCCACUGUGAUUAAAAUCAAAAACAAAGAUAAAAAUCUCUAUUUUGUUACUUACAUCUAUGUAUUAUUUAAUAUAAAACAUGUUUGACUCUCCCUUUAUCUGGAAGCACACUCAGUGACUACAUGUGAAGUGUUUCAUAUGUAAAACCUGCAAGCCUCUGAAAGUGAGAGCGUUGGAUCGGAAGAAUUAAAAAAAAAAAAAAAAAAGUCUUGUGCGCUCUACGAGGAAAAACAGGCUGCAAUCAAGAAGCUGAAUCACUCUGUGAUGUGAUGGACACUAUGGAAGGACCAAGGAAUUAACAUACAUACAUGUCUUAACAGCCAUUGUGGCACAUUCACUAAUAACUAGAUUUUCUUGUUCCUAAGGAACAUGACCUAUUUUGAAAUGUAAGUGGUUUACUUAAAGGUGCAUUAGAAUUUUAUUUGUUCAAAUAAAUAUAAAUAAUAGAAUAUUUUUAUUUUGGCACCAUUAUGUUUAUAAAUCACCCACAUUAAAAAAUGCUAUAACUUUUAUUGGACUACAUGACCUUAUCGCAAAAUGAUCAGUCUGUAGAGUUUUACAUGUUUGUUUUUGUUUCAUUCUAUCCCAAACUGAGUAUCGGGCAACUCUAUUAUGUAAAACAGAUUGCACUGUAAGAAAACUACAUACUUGCAAAUAGUAAGCUCUUUGCUAUGGAUCUCUGAAAUGUUAUUUCGUUUCGCUGUCUCCUUUAACCUUGGUUUGUUUUUAUUAUCUAGGUCGGUUCUUAAAUAUUUUUUUU